AAGUAUGGUUUGGAGAAGGAAAUCCAAGUGAUUCUUCUUUUGAAAAUCCCUGCUAAUUUUUUUUUAAUGCAAUGUCUCUUCUAUAUGUGUUUCAAGAGUAGAAGAUAUCAGCGGUUUUGUUCAUUGGUCUCAUUUCUCUGCCUCUUCUCCUUGCAAACAAUCGCACUUUGGAAACUUUAAUAAAGGAAGUGGUUGACUUUGUAGCCGAUAGAUGUGGAGGUGAAGAGCUUCUGGUCAAAAUGAUUCAGCAAGAAACCACCACCCCGGCCCAGCUGCAAGGCAGGCAGCCCCCACCCUAGCCCCACGCUCCCCAGCACCGACCCAGUGGCCCACAGCAGGCACUGCCUUCCGCCCAGCUAUGCGGCCCGCGAAGGUGCUGCUUGCCUUCUACGGCCUCAUCUUGAGCACCACGGAGAGCCCUUCUGCAGAUUUUUGUUCCCAGAUCUUGAACUCAUGUGUAAUGCCAGGAUUUCCUAAAACAAUCAAGACCAAUGACCCAGGAGUCCUCAAAGCAGCCAGACACAGCGUUGAAAGGUUCAACAACUGCACGAAUGACACCUUCUUGUUCAAGGAAUCCCACAUCAGCAGAGCCCUGGUCCAGAUAGUGAAAGGCCUGAAAUACAUGCUUGAUGUGGAAAUUGGCAGAACUACUUGCAGGAAAAUCAAUCACCCCAGUCUGGACGACUGUGACUUCCAAACCAACCACACCUUAAAACAGACUCUCAGUUGCUACUCUGAAGUCUGGGUCAUCCCCUGGCUCCAGAGGGUCAAGGUAACCGUUCUCCAUUGUCGCUGACUUUGGCCUCUCAACAAUACUACAGCUGCUGUCACUUCUGAAAUAGUACCUCCCAGAGAGCAGAAUGGAAGUGCCCAUGGGUUCAUUAUAGAGCAGCUGGAAUGGAAGCUACUAGAUUAAAUACAUUGAAUUAUCUUCUAAACUCAAUUUUACUGAUGCUGUGCAGCUGGAUUCAGGGUCUGAACGUACGGCACUGCGUCCUCCAAUGGGAAUGUUUUGGGUUGCCAGCCUCGAGGGAGCCCCUCCCACCCAGUGACCCAGUGGUCCCCGCCCGAUUAUCCCAUGGUCCCAGAGAUCCAUCCUUUUGUCUGAAUAGUUACAGCACUGAGCAGAGGGACUAAGUCUACUAUUGAGCAUCUUCACCUUUUGUGGUUGAAUGAACAUGAAUAAAGAAUUGACCUCAAAGUAAUGGGUGUUGCUUUACCUGUUAAAGGGAGUCAGGAAGGCGAGGGGAGCAUUGUGAGGGGUCCCUCUCACUGAGUGGUCUGACCAGUCUAGGUUACCUCCAUAAAGCACCCGAUGCUUUUCCAGCCAUUAGCUGCUGGCUCCAACAUACCAAAGCAACCAGAAACAGGCCAGCCUCUCUCCACAUCAUGAACUGGCAGGGGAGGUGACACCCCACAGAGGAUGCUCACCCUCCAGCUGUGCUUUCUUCUGAUUGUGGGCUGUCCCCCUAAGUCUCUCUAUUGCCUCUGACGCUCAGCAUACGCACAGCUGUGCUCAGACAGGUGAGGUGGGAUGGACUGCUGGGACCACACCCCACAGCCCCACCCAGGAGAGGGAGCACCCCCCACAAACCUACCCAGGAGAGGGAAGACAAGAUCAGGGGUGGGUAUGCUGCACUGGGGGCACAAGGGAAAGAGGAGAGUGCUGUGGUCUGGAAGGCCUGGGGGCCUUGAGAAGACAGGCCUUGACUUGCACUGGAAGCAGUGUAAGGCUGGGACACAGAGCAGAGGCCAAGGAGUUGCCAAAAGUCGGCGAAUCCUGAGGCUUCACUUAGAGAUGAUCCCCAGACAUCCUGCGCAGUAAGCCUUAUGAAAAUGCAGCGGCCCCUCACUGAACUUCUUCCUCUCCAGGCCCUCUUCAAACUAUGGAUUAAUACAAAAUAUGUUGCUGCCUUUAAAAAAUAUGGACUUGAUAAUUCAUAGGAGACAAAAUCUGCAUUAAGUGUGGCAAUUUAGUGUGCUGUCAUAAACUUGAUCAAUGUGAAUGACCAAAAUGAAGCUUCUUUCAGUGAUGAGAGUAACUAUAAUUCCAAGUCCUCAUUUUUUUUUUUUCCUGCCUUGAUUCACCUCCUUCUGGUCAUUUAAUUAGGGACAGUGGUGGCAACUAUGCCAUAAGACAUUUAAUCCUAUGAUUGCGAAGGCCCCUGAAGGCAAUCCUUUCAUAAAGAUAAAGAAGCUCACCCAGUGCUGUUCACCCCAUACAUUAACAAGAUGGCAAGAACAUCAACACCAGGAGUGUGAGCCAGAUGGGCCUGCGGACACAGCUCAAGGGGGCCUUUGUGAUCUAUGUAAGAUGAUGCAGCCAAUGAAAGGACCCCAAACUCUGAGCUCCCAGUCCUCAUUUACAUUUAAAUGCGGAACAGAGCACAUCUAGGCCAGGCCUGUCCUGAAAAUGACUUAGGCCUCCAGAUGCCACCCCUCACCGACCUUACAUACAGCAUCAGAACUGAGAAUGCACAGGCAACUCUAGGGAACAGUGGCUUCACAGCCCCUGUGGAAUCCACGUUUGAACUCCCUGCCAUUUGCCCAGCCAGGAGGCCUUGACUAACCUUGCCUCCCAGGAGGGAGGAAGCCUCAAAUCCCAACCUCAAAACUCUCAGAUUUAAACACUAACCUAUACCCACAAUUUUCAAAACAUCAUUUGGGACAAGGUAUUCAUCCCCUCCUAUAAAGUAAACAAAGAGAAGUCUUAGAAUGAAUGCAAACCAGCCACCACAGAAGCCAGCUGGCUGUGUGUCCCCAACCUCAGGCUUCUGUAAACCUUUCCUCCAUAGGGGCCUCAGGCCCUGAAUUCCAGGUGGGAGUUUUACUUUAUAAUGUACGCAUCUUCUAUUACCCCGAAUCCCAAACUGUUUUAUAUAUUAUACCUCACAGAAGUACAUGCUUAUCUUUAAAUAACUCUUACACCUGCCAUGAUGACACCAGAAGCAAAGGGACUGGGUAGCAAGACAGUGUGAGGCUACCUUGAUUUUUGGAAGCCAGCAGCUGGCACAUCUUUGACCACUGCAGUCUCGCAUCUACCAACCAAAACACUGUAAACAUGUUGCUCUAACUGCCUGGAGAGUAGGCCCUGCAGACACUGUGAGCACUUGACUGUGCCAGAUCCAUUCGCUUUUUUCAUAACUCUCACCGCUGUAAGAGAUUGUUCUCUCCAGACUCAUACUGAAGCCCUACCUGAGAAGGAACUGCCAGAGAGCCCUGAGAUGGAUUCAGACAGAUAGAGAUGGUGUACCUUACCACAGCCGCUCGAUGUCAACCAGUGAUAACCUGAAGUCCUAUAUUGCCACCCAAUUCUAUGUUUUUGAAAACUCAUCAGCUUUACUGUGACUCAGAAGGAAGCCGUACCAUCAUCUAACGUUACUGUGACUGAGAAAAUAUAAAGUCUAGCACCCAUGAUUCUAAGACAUACCAGCACUAUGACCAAAAAGAAAACUUUCUCAAACUUGAACAAACCACUCCAACGAUCAAAAUUCUAACAGAACAGAUGCCCCUGUCCUGAAUGUUACAGAGCUUUCCCCCGGCAACACCCCUCUACAUCUCACCAGCUGCACAGACUCAGGGAUUCGGCUACACUGCCCCUGCUCCAGAUGUCCACCCAGCCUCGCUCCUCUUGAGGCAGCUGAUGGGCCCAGGCUGUGAUGAAUGCUCAACCACUGCCCACGGGGACCACCUGUGAAGCUUUAAACCACACUGAUGCCCAGGCUGCCCCACAGACCUGGGCACCCAAAAGAACUCUGACGUGCAGAUUUGAGCCUCAGGCUGGGUGGUGGCCACCACAGAGCUUGCAAUACCGUCAUACCUCCUCCGUGUCUCCCAGCUUCCCCAGCGGAUUCCACAGUCAAGCACAGAUCCUGGCUCAGCUGUAUGCUGGCUGUGACUCUGGGCAACUCAUUUCUCCACCAGCCUCCGUUCCUAUCUGCAAACAAGGCCAUUAUCUCUUUGCAUCAUUAAAAGGUCAGAGUACAUGAAAAAACUGUAGACCACCACAGUUUUUCAAAACUGUAGACCACUCUGCAAGUAUAUGUUGAUAAAAAUCUCAAAAGCGACCUCUGUCCUAUAAAAGGUAAUAACUGAAUUCUAACAGAGUUUUAUAAUAGAUAAUAAAGAAGGACAGAGUGAAUGAACCAUUUGAUUUAUUUUAAAACCAUGAUAGCAAUUCACAUUAGAACAAAUCUGUUUUGUUUACAACAAAAGCACAUCAUAUUUAAACCUAAUAAGGCUGUAUUUUGCACCUCACCACAGCAAAUUACCAAAUAAAAAACAGGAAAUGACACUUUGGGACAGAAAACCAACAUCUGAGUCAAAUCAAGGCUCCAUUGCUGAAAACUAUGAAAAGCAAUUUAUCAGCUUCUUUGUAACGGUAAAAAUUAAGCACUAAAAGCAAAACCCUCUGUUCUCAAUCAAGAAGUUGACUUAUUCAAGCAUAGCACAUUUAAAUUAGUUUUUGUGGCGGAAUGAUUGGGUUUUACCCUAUUAUUCUUGUAUGGGUAGCAUCAACUAGACUGAAGCCAGUCUUUGACUCCGUCCUACUGUUGCUGCACAUCAAGCCAGCCUGAGGAGAGUGACACAAGAUGAGCUGACCAUUCCCAACUUCCUUCCCCUAAAACGAGGCCAGACCAGAGCAUGGGGUUGGGGGCCUACAGUUGGGAAAAGCAGCGAAGGGACUGAAUGCCAGCCAAUGAGACAAGACCCAAAGGUUCAGAUUGUACCCCAGCUCUCAAUCCUCUUUGAAUUUUAGUAUCAUUACCUAUUUAAAAUAUUGUCUUUGUCAAGUUCUUAAAAACUAUCCCAGAGGCAGAAACUGUUCACCUAGGACAGAAAAAGAACCGAUAUUAACCCCAUUUUGUAGGUUGGAAAGCAGGAGAGCAGUGUGUUAUCAACUUGCCCAAGAAUGAAUCACCACAGGGAGGCACGAGGGCACGCAAUGCCCUGAGGCCAGCCGAUGCCUGGUGAGAGGUCU